AUGCCAAGACGAAGACUUCAGAUCGAUAGGGACCCAGAAGAGUUCUCAGUACGAGUAUCCAGAAGCCCCGGGAGGGGCAUCGUGCCCGACCCAAAUUUUUCCCCGACGGUCAUGAGGCAGACUGCCCUUCUGUUGCGAGGAUCACGCACGGUCCCUUUCAUCGACGAGUCCGACCUCCCUCCCGACUGCCCUCCCCCUCCUCCGCCAGGACCUCCGCCCGAUUCGCCACCCACGUCGCCUCCUGAGACGCCUCAUACUUCCCCCCCUGAGACCCCGCACACCUCCCCUCCCGAAACGCCCCAAGGAUCACCAGUCCCUUCCCGUGUUAACCUCUCAGCCACCACCACCCCCGGAGUAAAGAAAACGGAAACAGACAAAUCAACGGAUACCAGACAGGCACAGAAGGCAGAGGACAAAGACCAGCCACCCGCACUGCCACCCAAAACAGCUUUAACCUCGAACCGGUAUGAGAUCCCAGACACAUCGAAGCCGCCAGCCACGAGUCCGGACGGUGGCCAAUCCUCCAAGACCGAGACCGGAGGCGACUCAGAGGGCAAGCCUGGUGAGUCGAACGAGCCUGCUUCGGUCUCUGACAAGCGCGAGAUUCCUGAAGCGACGAAGGAGAGCGUGGUCGAGGAGCGCUAUGAAAUUCCUGAGGUCGUGAAGGAGACGGCGAUUAAUGGUGGAGCCAGCACUGUGCCCCGGUCGUUCCUGGGCCCCGUCGUGUCCGCCGGCCGCGCCAACCUGGAGGCGGUGUUCGGGCCGCCCAAGCCCCCCCGCCGGCGCCGCAACCACCACUCCCCCCCGCCCCCGCGACCCCCGAAAUCCAGCGCCCUCGACGCGCCGUGGCAGCCGAAGCUCCCUCCGAAGGGCGGGAGCCUUGUGGUGCGGCCUGGCUCGACGACCUCCUCCUUCAGCACGACCUCGGGGACGACUUCGGGAUCCACCGCGCCCACGCCCUCGUCGAUGCCCGCGACGCCUCGGCCUGUUAAGGAGGACAAGGCCAAGACGGCCAGGCGGUCGUGGCCCUUCCUCCUGUGCGACUGCCUCUACGCCAACUGCCGGACGUACGACAACGCGAAGUGA